UUGCAGAAAAUGGAUAUGAACGAAGGAGCACCUAUAAUGUACCACGGGAACGGUUAUGGGGGUGCAGUCUAUAUGGUACCCGGCCAAAUCGACAGAUCACGACAUUAUCCCUUGGAGGUACACCAAGUAUUAGGCGGAGCAGGGCGUGGUGGAGGAGAUCCUAGCCAUGGAACUCCGCGGAGAUGGCAGGCGCGUCGUGACCGCCAGCAUACUAGUAAAGACUAUACCGCAUUUGGCUAUGAUUCUGAUGAUUCCAGUCUAUCAAGUAAUGCUUCCGGUUCCAACAAGUCAAGUGAAAAAGGUGGAAGCAGUUCCCGGUCUGAGAAUAUUACUGCGGCCUCUACGGGAUCGGCGCCCCCUGUGCAGUUUCAGCAGAGAGAGUGGCGCGCUCGACCACGGAGAGAGCUUCGCCCCAGAAGGAUUGCACCAGAGAGAUUUCUCAAUGCUUCUUACCCAUUCCAAGUGAAAUUCACGCCCGAUAAUUUACUUAAUGGGUCAAAAUGGGACACAUUAUCGCAGGAGAUGUGGGACAAAUUUAUUAAAUCCCAGCAGACAGAGGACACAUUUAGGAAGAAGAUGAAUCUGUGGCGUUAUCUUUACGUAACUAUCAAGUCGAUCUUCCCGCGCUACGGACUUUACGUGGUGGGGUCCACGAUGUCCGGCUUCGCGCUGGACAACUCUGACAUGGACCUGUGCCUGUACGUGCGCGCGUUGGCCCACGUGGAGCCACGUGCUCAUGCGUUACUGCACCUCAACUAUGUGCUGGGGUACAUUCGCAGCUUUGAUCCAGGUGCUGAACUAAUCCAAGCAAAAGUGCCCAUACUGAAGUUCCGGGACGCGCGGAAUGGGCUUCAAGUGGACCUCAACUGCAACAAUGUGGUUGGCAUCAGAAACACAAACCUGCUCAACUGUUUUUCCAGAAUGGACUGGCGAGUGCGGCCGCUGGUGGCGCUGACCAAGCUGUGGGCGCGCGCGCACCGCAUCAACGACGCGCGCCGCCGCACUCUCUCUUCCUACGCGCUCACGCUCAUGGUCAUACACUUCCUGCAGUCAUUACUACACACCGCACACUGGCAUAUCACACUUGACAUAGUGCACACGCGCAGUACGCGCGUGAUGCUGACGGUGCACCGUGUGUGCAGGUGGCACGAGCCCGGCGGUGCUGCCGCGCGCGGGCGUGGCGCUGUCCGGCGGGGGCGCCUGGGCCGCGGGGGGGUGCCGCAGGGGCAGCGGGGGGGCGCCGGCGAGCGCCGCUCGCACAACCGCGCCACGCUCGCGGAGCUCUUCCUGCACAUGCUCAAAUACUACGCAGACUUCCCGUACGAACAAAUGGCAGUGUCGGUCAGAGCGGGAAAGCGAGUGCCGCUCGCCGAGUGCAGAGUACACGAGCCACACCAGUGGAAGCUGCUUUGUGUUGAAGAACCAUUUGACCUGACGAACACUGCACACUCUGUGUAUGACCCAGAGUCGUUUGAGAAAAUAGUGAACACAUUUAAGGAGAGCUACAAAAGGCUAGCGGUGGGUCUAAGGCUGGCGGACGCUUGGCCGGUGCCAGAGCGAUGA